AUGAUUGAACAAUUGAUUUUAGCUGCUAUUACUCUUAAAAUUGUUGGACUUAUGGUCCUAGGUGUGAUUUGUCUUUUACGUUCAUUUAAUAUGGCAGCUCGAAGUGAAAAUGAGAAAUACUUUCAAGAUCCAAAAACAAAAUCUCGAAAAUUAUUUCCAUCUAUCAACGAUUCACCUUCGAAAUAUCUUUCGGUUAUCAUUCCAGCGUAUAAAGAAGUCGAUCGAUUGCCUGCUAUGAUAAAAGAUACAAUGGACUAUUUAGAGAAACGUCAAGCAAAUGAUCCAUCAUUUACAUACGAAUUAAUUAUAGUUGACGAUGGAAGUCCUGAUAAAACUACUGAAAUUUCGCUCAAAUACAGUGCUCACUAUGGAACCGACAUCGUCCGAGUGUUAACUCUCGACGCUAAUCGCGGCAAAGGUGGUGCUGUACGAAUGGGUGUACUCAGCGCUCGAGGCCAAUGGAUUUUAUUUGCAGAUGCCGAUGGAGCAACACAAUUCAGUGAUUUAACUAAACUUGAAAAGCGAGCGUUGGAAACAAUGAAAAAUAACGAAGUUGCUAUUUGUGGUUCAAGACGUCAUUUAGAAACAGAAUCCGUUGCAAAAAGAUCAGCAUUUCGUACAUUACUCAUGUAUGCCUUUCAUUUCGAAGUCUGGCUAUUUGCAGUCAAAUCUAUUCGUGAUACUCAAUGUGGCUUUAAAUUAUUUUCACGUGAAAGUGCAAGAAAGAUUUUUUCACAAAUGCAUGUCGAACGAUGGGCAUUCGAUGUUGAACUUUUGUAUAUCGCAGAAAAAUUAAAUAUUCCAAUUUUUGAAGUCGACGUAAAUUGGCAAGAAAUCCCAGGUUCAAAAUUGGACCCAUUCACGGCUUCAUUUCAGAUGGGUAUUGAUAUAUUAGCUAUUUGGAUGCGAUAUUUAUUUGGUAUAUGGAAGAUUCAAUAUAAAACUCAAUAA